AUGUAUUUGGGAAUCAGAGGAUACAUUAGAUGCCAUUGCCGGCUGAUUGGAAGAGAUCCACACAUGAUCCAUUGCAGCUCAUGUGGAAACUGGCUUCAUACCGUUUGUUGUGGGUUUUUCAGUAAUGAAGACAAGAGAAUAUCUAAAGAAACAUUCUCCUGCUUUUAUUGUUUGGGAUCCAUCACAAAAGCCGACAAUGCAAAUGCUCUCUUCCGAAGAGUUCUUUCUAUAAUUUAUACCGAGGAUCUUAGAAGCAAAGCAUGGCUUUCCAGCAGGCUAGGGAUUACAGAAUGGCAAUCUACAAAGCAGACAAGGAGGCUGGCAAAUGAAGGCUUUGUCAAGGUGAUAGGGAAGCACAGAGCCAUAUCUUAUGUGGUCAUAAAGACUCAGGAAACAAAGGAUAAGGUUAAGAAGUACUUCGGUGUCUAA